AUGUGGUACCACCUCCUCGACUACGUCUACACCGCCUUCUGCCACCCUCAUAUGGAGAUCCCCACCGAGCCAAAAACAAUCUGGUUUGUUCCCUUCUUCUCCGCCUGUCCCCUCCUCAUGACUUUACCCUACCCAGGUACCUCGACUACAUCUACACCAUCUUCCGCCAUGCUCAUAUGGAGACUCCCACCGCCGUCUUCACCGUGCCCAGAUUCCGAGCUCAUUCGCAUUAGAUGGAGGUGGCGGCAAUCCCAUCGCCGUUUUCGCCGUGCCUACAUAUUCGACAUUUGGGCUGAGCGCGCGUUCAAGUUCUGGAUCACGGGGGUUUCUACUGCCGGCAUUCCGGAUCGUAAGGAAGAAGCAAAAUUCUCGGAGGACAACUGGGGCGCCAGCACCGUAGACAUUGGUACCAUUUAA